CUGGCCGGCUCGCCAACGUGUGUUAUGGCUAAUAUCACAGUCUCCUGUAACUGUGAACAUGCCUUUGUGUGUGUUAAUGUUAGUGAUGAAGUAGAGAGGGGAACCUGGAUUAACACCUCAUGAGGUGGUAUCAUUUUCUCAGCGGGGCGACGGAAACUUCUCCGGGCAGGUUUAAAUCGGCCCCGAGUGAGUGAGAGAGACAGUGAGAGAGACACUGGGAGAAUCAAUGGGAGAGGUCCCACAAUCUGCCGAGCACCCUGGCCCCUCAGCGGGGGUGGCCGCGAGCCCGGCCGUGGCCUGCACACUGUCAUGGCUGUCGCUGGUUUUUAGAAUUCCGGUCACUGUUUAUUCCUUCCUUCGUUCAGGAGUCAAUGUCCUGCAGGCGCUCAUUAUGAAGAGGGAUCUGGCUCUGAUUAGCCUGGCCUUCCUGUCGCUGCUCCUGUCUGGAUAUCCUCAGCAGACAGCGGACGACGCCUGCUCCGUGCAGAUUCUUGUUCCAGGCCUCAAAGGGGAUGCUGGAGAGAAGGGAGACAAAGGCGCACCAGGACGGCCUGGAAGAGUGGGCCCCACGGGAGAAAAAGGAGACAUGGGUGACAAAGGACAGAAAGGCAGUGUGGGUCGCCAUGGAAAAAUUGGUCCCAUUGGUUCUAAAGGAGAAAAGGGAGAUUCUGGCGACAUAGGACCCCCUGGCCCUAAUGGAGAACCAGGCAUCCCGUGCGAGUGCAGCCAGCUAAGGAAGGCCAUUGGGGAGAUGGACAACCAGGUCACCCAGCUGACAACUGAGUUAAAAUUCAUAAAAAAUGCUGUUGCCGGCGUGCGCGAGACAGAGAAUAAGAUCUACCUGCUGGUGAAGGAGGAGAAGAGGUACGUGGAUGCCCAGCUGUCCUGCCAGGGGCGUGGAGGCACGCUGAGCAUGCCCAAGGACGAGACCGCCAACGGCCUGAUGGCCGCCUACAUCGCGCAGGCGGGCCUCGCCCGCGUCUUCAUCGGGAUCAACGACCUGGAGAGAGAGGGCACCUUCGUCUACUCAGACCGCUCCCCCAUGCAGACCUUCAACAAGUGGCGCAGUGGUGAGCCCAACAACGCCUACGAUGAGGAGGACUGCGUGGAGAUGGUGGCCUCCGGGGGCUGGAACGACGUGGCCUGCCACAUCACCAUGCACUUCAUGUGCGAGUUUGACAAGGAGCACGUGUGAGCGGGAGGCCAGCCUCUGAACCCUUGCUUUUCAUGGCUUUGUUGGCAGGGCUCCUCCACGACGGUGACGGUGACGGCGGCUGGCGGCUGCCCGACUGUAGGCAGCAGAGUUCUUCCCAAUGGCAUCGUCCUGUCCAGAAGUGCAGGGGUUCCUUGAGUAAAGAGCUGUUUUUUCUGAACCUUAGAGAGUGGUGUAUGCUUAGGAGAAAAAAAGUGGUGUGAUUUCUGAGGAAGUAAAGUUUAUUACUUGUAUUGUAGCCAAAAUUACAUAAAUGUUCAUUUUGUAAUUAUUACUCAGAAUUGCUCUUGCCUUUGUCCAAACUAUAAAAUAAAAUCUUUGAACAUUACAAUAGUUAAGUACAAACAAUGGUAGUGGGGUCUUAAAUUACCAUCUUCCUUUAAUUUCUGUAUGGAAAAGAACUCACUCAAUUUUGA